AUGCCCUGCCAGGAUGCCCACUUAUGCCCACCCCCCCCGGUGGAAGUGCGGUGUGGGCCGCAACGCAUGGUGGUGACCGUCCAGAGGGAUCUUUUUGGGGUGGGGAAGCUGGUGGAUCCCACGGAGCUGACCUUGGGGCCUGCUGCCUGCCCCCCUGUGAGUCUGGAGGCUGGCGUGGUGGUCUUUGAGGCGGGUCUCCAUGAGUGUGGCAGCGUGGUGCAGAUGAACCCCGACUUCCUGAUCUACCAGACCCAGCUCUUCUACAGGCCUUCUUUGGCCAACCACCCGGUCAUUGCCCGAAGUCGUGGGGCCACCAUCGGGCUGGAAUGCCGCUAUCCCAGGAAGGACAAUGUGACCAGGAAAGCCCUGCACCCCACCUGGCUCCCCUUCGCGUCCACGGCCUUGAGGGAAGCCAAGUUGGGAUUCUCCUUGAAGCUGAUGAACGAUGACUGGACGGCCGAAAGAGGCUCUGACCGCUUCCUGCUGGGGGAGCCCUUGCGCCUUCAGGCCGACGUCCAAGCGGAGAACCACCCUGCCCUGAGGCUCUGGGUGGGGAGCUGCAGAGCCGGCAUGAGCCCCAUGCCCACUUCCGGACCCCAGUAUGAGAUUAUGGGCGCCGGCGGAUGCCUGCUUGACGGGCGGGAAGAAGGGGUCUCGUCCGCCUUCCUCACCCCACGGCUGCGCCAGGAGACCCUGAGAUUCACCGUGGACGCCUUCAGAUUCGCCGGAGAGGCCCAGAAACUGAUUUAUAUAACCUGCCGCCUGAAAGUCACCCCAGGAGAUCAACCGCCAGAUGUUUUGAACAAAGCUUGUUCCUUUGAUGCUGCCAGCCAUUCGUGGGUCCCUGUGGAAGGACCGGGCGCCAUUUGUGGCUGUUGCGAGACCCGGAGCUGCGGUGGGGCGACGGAGGGGCAGGACCCUCAAGGCUUUGACGAUGGAGAGACGAAUUGGCAACGGAGCUUGAUAGUGGAGGCAGCCGCUCCUGAGGUCGCUCUGGCCCUGGGACCCCUCUUCGUCUUGGACCCUCAGCAGGGGAGCACCGGUCAGUUUCCGGGAGAAGCUAUGGAAGAGGAGAUGGUGGCGGAAGGUACCGGACUCUUUUCUCGUUACGAAUGUUCGGGGCUCCAAGGAGGCUCUCGUGUGAUGUUCUCCUCUUGA